AUGUCAGUCAUUUUAAAGUUUAACUGCAUUGUUGGAGUCAACUUUCAUCACCCAAUUAGAAACUUCAAUCGUUUAUGUUCCAUUUCACAGUCUCUGUAAGUUUCAAUCUUUUUCUUUAUGGGCUUUUACACAUAUUCAGAUUUUUGUAUUUAACCAUCAAAAUGAAGAAGGUAAAAGUUUUCCCUAAUUUGUAAAAACUCUGCUUUCUUGAAGGUUGAGUUCGACUUAAGCUAAACAUUAACAAGACUGGGGUCAUCGAUAGUGAGGGGCAACUUGGCUGGACUGCCUUUUAAGUGGAUAAGAUACUGCAGAGUUUAGUAGAACAGUGACCUUUCUCUUCCCUCCUUUAUUUUCCUUGAAGAAGAGCUCUCAGCUGAUUUCUCUUUGAUUCACCAAAACUGGAUCUCAGUCAAAAUCUGUGAUUUGAUUUUUUUUCACAUGUGAAUCACAAAGUGUGGCAGUAAUGGAAGAUCUUUUUCUGCAGCCCGCUUGUACGACCACUCUUCUGGGCACCGUUGGAGUCUUGCUUGUGUUUUUUGUGUUUUUUUCCAGCUUUGACCCUCAAAGAAAAGAGCCCCCAGGACCCAGACCUUUGCCUGUGAUUGGAAAUUUGCUGCAGCUGGCACCAUCACCCCACGUCGCCCUGUGUGAGGUCUGUACAUAUAAACAGUAUAUGUAUAUUUAUGUCUUUGGGUGACUUUUUCUUCUCUGCGUUUCAGACAAAAGAAAAGAGAAAUGUUUCUGUGUUAAACUUCAUUGAUAUUAAAUCAUCAAUUUCAGAAUAUAUAAUCAAUAGAUGCAUUUUAAAGUAAAUUUUGGUCUGUUUUAGCUCUCUAAAAAAUAUGGACCUGUGUUCACAUUCAAUCUUGGGCCUCAAAGAACUGUGGUGCUGGCAGGACACAAAACCAUCAAAGAGGCUCUAGUCAGCAGUGAUGCAUUUUCAGAGAGAGAUACCAACCCCAUUAUCCACGACCUGAAAUUAACCUACGGUGAGAAACGAACACUAUCAGGUGUUCAGCAUUGUCUUUUUGGAUUCUUUUCAUGAAAUAGCUGGACUCGUUUGAAAAUAUUUCUGCUAAUGAUUUGUUAAAUUUGUUUUCCACUUUGGCAUCUGCAGGAAUUGUUUUUGCAAACGGAGACACCUGGAGAGAAAUGAGGCAUUUCGCACUGACCAACAUGAGAGAUUUUGGGAUGGGAAGAAAAGCAUGUGAGGAGAAGAUUCUGCAGGAAAGUCAAUGGCUGAUUAAUUUGAUAAAGGAAAAAAAUGGUGACUAUUUUUUUUUUUUACUUGUGGUUUGCUCUGAAAACAGAAACACAAGCUUUGCCGCAACAUCUAUGGUUGAAUAUAAACCAAUCAUGUGAUUUUUCUCUCCCUCUUUUAGGUAAAGCCUUUGAUACAGCCCAGCCUGUAAACCAUGCUGUCUGCAACAUCAUCUGCUCUAUUGUCUAUGGAAACAGAUUUGAGUAUGAUGACCCAGUGUUUGUGUCCAUGGUGCAGAGGGCGACUAAAAAUACCAAACUCAUGGGCUCUGCCUCAGUACAGGUACACGUUUGGAUGGAGGGUCAUGUAUCGGUAGAAUCACAUCAGCAGGGCAGAGAGCGUGUAGAUUCUCAGUUGUGAGAACUUGCCAUCAAAAAUGUAAUUUUGUGUGUUUUUUGUGUCAGAUAAGGUCCAUUUUAUGUUCGUCUUAUGUUGUAAAUGUGAAAACAAACCGUUACGUCGUUUGCAUUCUGUAAAGGUUUAAAAUAAAGGAACGGGUAAACCAGGCCGAUUGAAAAAGCAGGUCCUUCUGACGUCACACUGACCUUGCUCAUUAUUAUUCACAAGCGCGUCCUCCCCUAUUCAGUUGGUUUUCCUUUAAGGUUUUUUAGGCAUACUAAAAACAAACCAUCAAAUAACUUUUCAGCUAAAAUUAUGUUGCAAACAUGAUCAGAGGACAUCAAGGAUUAUGAAAAACAUGAUAAAAAUGGGUAUUAAAUUUUGAUGACAGGUCCCCUUUAACCUUUAAAGGUGACGGACACAUAGAGGUCAGGUUAGACAUUAAGUGUGUUGUCUGUGAAUGCAUGCUCGAGGGAAAAUAUGUAGGGCAAAGGAGAGCGCAGGAGUGUAAACAAAUGACUUGGAUAACAGAAAUAAUAUGAAGCAGGUCAUUUAUCAUUUUGCCUUUUUUUCCCCCUCUUACAGCUAUACAACUUCUUUCCAAAGCUCUUCAGUUGGGUUGGUGCCAGAAAGCAACUGAUGGAGAGUGCUUUCAUUAACAGGAAAUGCAUGAAAGAGCUGAUCAAGAGUUUACAGAGCACCCUCAAUCCACACAUGUGCAGAGGUUUGGUGGAUUCUUUUCUGGCCCGCAAGAUCCAGCUGGAGGUACGUGAAGAAAACUAUGUGUGAUCAUAUGAUCAUCAAAAAAUACGACUUAAAGGGUUAUUCAGGCAUAGAAUUAAUUUAGAGUCAAACACACCGUAACACUGAGUUAGACACCACUUGAGAGAUGAAUGUUGCCGACCACUUGCUUCUCUAGUUAUACCAACUUUAGUAAUGACCGCACGAUAGCAAAACACAGCGGUCUGAGCCGCCAUAAACAAACCUCAACCAAAACUCCACUCUAUAGCCACAAAUAAUGCUCAGAACAGCACCUAACUUCAUCAACAGCACAUAUAGAGUCCCAGCCAUAGAACUAGCCACCAAACAUCUUUUUAACGUUGCCUGAUUUCUUUAGCAAAGAGACUAAACAAAACUCACCUACUCUCUUCCAGCAGCCGCUUGUUUGUAGCGAGACCUCAGGCCAGUCCAUUACGGACUACUGCAGGGUGACGCAGCUCAAGGAAGAACAUUUAUGAUAAUCCCUUCAUGGAAAUGCAAUCAGACUGAGAUGCUAAGGCAGAAGAACUACUGUGUCUGCAGUGCAAAACGAUUAAUAUCUCAAACUUUUUACUCGUUAGGCAUCCGGCAAUCUGAAUUCUCACUACUGUGAGGACAACCUGCUGGUGACUGUUGUCAACCUGUUCACCGCCGGCACAGACACCACCUCAACUACGAUACGAUACGGCUUACUGCUUAUGGCCAAGAACCCUAAAAUACAAGGUAAGAAACACACACUCACACAGGAAGCAUAACAAAUUCUCAGGUUGCGUGUUCCUCUGAAGGCAGUCAUUAUUUUGUGUUUUCAUCAGUGUUUCUCUCACCUCUUCUUAUUUUACACUUUUGGCCUUCUUCUUUCUCUGUAUAACAUGAAACAUGUUAUAUGUUCUACAUUCUACAUGUAGUAGAAAGGAUAAAGGUGGCCAUCUCUUUUUUUAAUAAAUGAUAAAGUUAAUAAACUUUUUCUUCAUUCUGGAUCAUCCAGACCAGGUCCAGGAAGAGUUGAACAGGGUUAUAGGAAGUCGUCAGGUUCAGGCACAGGACAGGAAGAACCUGCCGUACACUGAUGCCGUCAUCCAUGAGAUACAGAGAAUGGCCAACACCGUCCCGACAACUGUACGUCGCACUUCAAGAGACGUCACCUUCCGGGGAUACUUCAUCCGGAAGGUAAAACAAGACAAGUGUUUGGGUCUGCUAAAACUUUUUUCUGAGCACGAACCAAUUUUUAAAAAAAGCUGCACUGCAACUUUAAAAAAAUAUAUUUUGAUUGAUACCAACCUCCUACGUAUAUUUAAGGGUACCCCCGUGCUCGUUCUGCUGGCGUCUGCUCUUCAGGAUGAGGAUGAAUGGGAAACACCUCACACUUUCAACCCGGCGCAUUUCCUCGAUAAAGAGGGGAAUUUCAGGAAGAGAGACGCUUUUUUGCCGUUUUCAGCAGGUAUUUGUAUUUUCUUUUAAUCAGUGGAAGAACAUUUCAGAGGACAAAAACCAAGUUUUCUUUUAUUUUUGUUGUUUCAGGGUCAAGAGUUUGUACGGGAGAGAGUUUGGCUCGAAUGGAGCUGUUUCUAUUCCUCACCUCCCUCCUCCAACACUUCCAUUUUACUCCUCCACCCGGGCUUAAAGAGGAUGACCUGGAUCUGUCUCAAAAUGGGGGCUUCACCCUCACACCGAAACCUCAUGAACUCUGCGCUAUCAGCAGGGUCUGA